AUGUUCGACAUCGCGCCCAACUUCGGCGCCCUCCUCGUCUUCAUCGAGCAUCGGUACACGUCGGCCGACAUGCUGGGUUACCUGACGUCCACGCGGGCGCUCGCCGACUUCGCCAUCCUCAUCACCAGCCUCAAGCAGAACCUUUCUCCCGUCGAUGCCCCUGUCGUUGUCUUCGGCGGCUCCUAUGGUGGCAUGCUGGCUUCAUGGUUCAGGCUCAAGUAUCCCCAUGUCGCCAUAGGAGCACUGGCAUCCUCUGCUCCGAUCCUGCAGUUCUACGACAUCACCCCAUGGUCUAGCUUCAACGACGUUGUCUCGCAGGACUUCAAGUCUGAGAGCCUGAAUUGCUUCAGUGUCAUCAAGGCAGUUUGGGAUGUGCUAGAUGAGAGGGGAUCAAACGAGACAGGGCUCUUGGAGCUCAGCAAAAACUUCAGGACCUGCAAGACAGUGCAUUCCGUUUCUCGUCUGGGGUUGUGGCUAAGGGCAGCAUUCACCACCACUGCCAUGGUGGACUAUCCAACCCCAGCCAAUUUCAUGAUGAAUCUGCCUGCUUAUCCUGUGAAGGAGAUGUGCAAGAUCAUUGAUACUUUUCCCCCCGGAGCAGACGUCAUCGACAAAGCUUUCGCUGCGGCGAGCCUAUACUACAAUUACACAGGCGACCAGAAGUGCUUCGAGGUGGAGGGUGGUGAUGACCCUCAUGCCCUCCACGGCUGGGGCUGGCAGGCCUGCACUGAGAUGUUCAUGCCGAUGACAGUGUCGAACGAGAGCAUGUUCCCACCGUCCAGCUUCAUGCCUGAGAAGAGGUCCAAGGGCUGCUUUAUGUUCUACGGAGUUCGUCCAAGGAUGCACUGGAUCACUACUCAAUAUGGUGGCCAUAAAAUUGACAAGGUUCUCAAGAGGUUUGGGAGCAACAUCAUCUUCUCCAACGGGAUGCGAGACCCGUGGAGUGGAGGCGGGGUGCUCAAGAAAAUAUCAUCCAGCAUCAUUGCUCUCGUCACAGAGAAAGGGGCCCAUCAUUUGGACCUCAGAUCUGCAACCAAGGAUGAUCCAGACUGGGUUGUAGAACAAAGGAGACAGGAAGUUGAGAUCAUACAUGGAUGGAUAGAUCAGUAUAACAAGGACAUUGCACGGAUGUAG